CUUCACAUUACAUUAACCAGAUACUCUCCUGUUUAUUUGAAUUGAAGAAGAUCCUUGUCUGAAAAGUAUGGGCCGAAGAAUUGCAUCUCUUUCUCGUUAAAUGAAGAGAAAAGUGCCCUUUUUCAAAGCUGGCCUUGCCUCUCUCUCUAACUGUUUCUCCAGUUCAGGCCCUCUCAACUGGCCCCAUCCAAUUGUUGGGUAGGUUAAUUGAAACCUAUUCACGUGCGUGGUAUCAUUAAUUAUGAAGGGAAGUCCUUCCCCCACCCACCCUCCCCCCCCCCCCCCAACUUUAUAAAGAAAGAGAAGCCUCAACAAUUUAGAAACAGCCUCAAUUUUCAAUGGAGUUGCAAGAUUUGAUCCUGAUAGCUGCAAGUUCUUUAGGCUUACUCUCUCUCUGUAAAGCCUUCAUCAAUUUUCUCAGAUGGGUGUGGGUUAUGUUCUUUCGGCCUCCGAAGAAUCUCAAGGAGUAUGGUUCAUGGGCUAUGAUAACUGGCUCCACACGGGGAAUUGGCAAAGCCCUUGCAUUUGAAUUAGGAUCGAAGGGUCUUAACUUGGUCUUACUUGAUCUCAGCCCUUCAAAACUCGAAGCUACAUCAAAGGAGAUACAUGAAAAGUUCGGCGGAAAAGUAGAAACAAAAUGUAUUGUUAUAGACUUCACCAAAUCCAGCGGAGAGGAGAUAUGUAAGAUGAUAGAGGGAGGAAUAAGAGGGUUAGACGUUGGCAUUUUGAUCAGUAACGCAGGGGUGGCAAGCCCUUAUCCUAUGUUUUUUCAUGAGGUUGACUUAGAGCUGAUGGAGAGCCAUGUGAAGGUGAACAUAGAUGCAGCGACUUGGGUCACUAGGUCUGUGCUUCCUGGUAUGCUGAAGAAGAAGAAAGGAGCAAUAAUCAACAUUGGCUCCGGUUCCUCCUUCUUCCCUUUCCCUUUAGGCACCGUUUAUGCUGCAACUAAAGCGUACCUUGCAAUGUUCUCAAGAAGCGUAGGUUUGGAAUACAGGCAGCACGGAAUAGAUAUUCAGUGCCAGACUCCACUGUUUGUGGCAACAAAUAUGGCAAAAGGUUUUGUUAAGGCGCCUCUGUUCUUGAUUCCGUCACCGGAGAUGUUUAGCAAAGCAAGCAUGCGAUGGAUCGGUUAUGAGCAUAUCUGUAUACCAUACUGGACCCAUUCUGUGCAGUGGUUUUUACUGCAUGGAUUGCCAGAGCCAUUACUGGAUUGGUGCAUUUUCCAGCUCCUUCUCAAAGGGCGUAAGAGAGGUUUGAUUCGAUUGAAGAAGACGAUGAUGAGGGUGAAACAGUGAAAACAUUUUAUCUCUGAAAUUAACCAGCUUAUGAAGUAAUAUCUACAGCUUCAAUUGGCAAUGAUGUUGGAAGAGUUUAUCCUGAGAGCAGAAGUUCCCGGGGCUAGCUAGCUUCAUCUUUCUUUGUAUACCCUUGAUCAAUUUCCUGAUCAGAUGUGUUAGUACAAAAAUUUUAAAAUAAUAAUAAUAAAUGCUCCUAAGUGAGUUUAGGGUGCGUUUGAGAUUGCGAUUUUGUAGACAAUAA